AUGGAAAUUGCUGAAUUACUUUUAAAUCAUGGAGAUAACAUUACCGCUAGUAACGAUGAAGGUGUUACACCACUGUAUUGUGCCGUUCGAAGUGGACGUGUAGAUGGUGUUAAGAUGCUUAUUGACAGAGGUGCUUACGUCAAUGGUAAAACUCGAGAUGGCACAACUCCGCUUCACAAUGCGAUGGAAUAUAAGAAAAUGGUAAUUGCUGAAUUAUUUUUAAAUCACGGAGCUGACGUUGAUGCCAGGGAUAAGUCAGGUGUUACACCACUGUAUUGUGCUGUUCGAAGUGGACGUGUAGAUGGUGUUAAGAUGCUUAUUGACAGAGGUGCUUACGUCAAUGGUAAAACUCGAGAUGGCAAAACUCCGCUUCACAAUGCGAUGGAAUAUGAGAAAAUGGAAAUUGCUGAAUUACUUUUAAAUCACGGAGCUGACGUUGAUGCCAGGGAUAAGUCAGGUAUAACCUUAUAUUGCAGCUGA